AUGGCGGGGCAGGCGGCGGCCUGGCCUGGGGCCGCCGCGGCUCCCGCCCGGAGCGUGCUGGGCACCUACGCGCCCCGCUGGGUCUCCCUGCCGGUGCUCAGCCGGCUCAGCUGCUCCAACGCCACGGAACGGGACCUGUCUCUGCCCCUCCGGCCACAAGCUCUGGGGAUAAACGAGGAUGGGGCGAGGCUGGCGAGGGAUGAGCUUGGCUGCUCAGCAGGGCAGGUGUGGCGACCAGACACCAGGCUUUCUCGCCGCUGGAUCAGGCCGGGCAGGAGGCCGCUGGAUCAGGCCGGGCAGGAGGCCGCUGGAUCAGGCCGGGCAGGAAGCCGCUGGAUCAGGCCGGGCAGGAAGCCGCUGGAUCAGGCCGGGCAGGAAGCCGCUGGAACAGGCCGGGCAGGAGGCCGCUGGAUCAGGCCGGGCAGGGAGCCACUGGGUCAGGCCGGGCAGGGGGCCGCUGGAUCAGGCCGGGCAGGGAGCCGCUGGAUCAGGCCGGGCAGGAAGCCGCUGGAUCAGGCCGGGCAGGGAGCCACUGGGUCAGGCCAGGCAGGGGGCCGCUGGAUCAGGCCGGGCAGGGAGCCGCUGAAUCAGGCCGGGCAGGGGGCCGCUGGGUCAGGCCGGGCAGGGAGCCGCUGGAUCAGGCCGGGCAGGAAGCCGCUGGAUCAGGCCGGGCAGGAAGCCGCUGGAUCAGGCCGGGCAGGGAGCCACUGGAUCCGGGUCCCCAGCCAUUGCAUGGUGGGUGGAGGUUGGGGUGCUGGAGGGGGUAGUCUGGGCUGGUGGGCAGCUCUUCUGACCCCAGCCCUGCAGACCAUCCUAUGUGCGUGGCUGAACUUUGUGGGUAGCGUGAUCCGCUCCCAGCCCUGCAUGAUCACCAGCAGCCAGGACCCAUUUGCUUUCCUCAUGGGUGGGCAGAGCCUCUGUGCCCUCGCCCAGACCCUGGUCACCUCUCCAGCCAAGCUGGCCGCCUUGUGGUUUCCCGAGCGCCAGAGGGCCCCAGCCAACACGAUCGGCACCGUGUCAAACCCCCUGGGCAUCCUGGUGGCCAACCUGCUGUCUCCCACCCUGGUGAAGAAGGAGGAGGACAUCCCCUUGAUGACAUAUCUUGAAAGCUGGGUUUCCAAACGCAACGAAGCAGAGCAGGCCCAGCACAACGCCGGGGCUUGCCGCCGUCCACCUGGGCACGACCUGCGGGGUAGCCGGCAAGGAGCCUGGAGCCGCGGGCACGAGGCACCCACGCGCGUGUGCACGCAUGCCCGAGGGCCUGUGCCUGUGCCUGCACACACACGCGAGUGCGCUCGUGCGUACCCUCCCCGCAGCUGGGCACCUGCAUCACCCCUGCUGCCCGCUGCGUGCGUCUGGGAGAGCACGCCCCCCCCGCCCCCCGCGGGGGCUGUCCACUCCACCUCGCGGGAGUUCCUAGCCGGCUGGAGCUGGAACGAGGCCUACGUCAUCCUGGCCGUGUGCUGGGGGGGGGGGGGGGGGGGCAGCAUUGGCAUCUUCUCCAGCUUCUCAUCCCUCCUGGAGCAGAUCCUCUGCGUGAACGGCUACUCCAGCGAAUUUGCAGGCCUCUGCGGGGCUCUCUUCAUUGCAUUUGGGGUCUUGGGGGCGCUGGCUCUUGGCCUGUACGUGGACCGGACCAAGCAUUUCACUGGAGCUGUCAAGAUCGGCCUCUGCCUGACAUCUCUGGUCUGCGUGGCCUUUGCCCUGGUGCCCCGGCUCGGGGGACAGACCAUCUGCUCGCUGCUUGGGCUCUGCUUCUCAGCGGCGCCUGUCGCUAUGGAGCUGGCUGUCGAGUGGUCCUUCCCUGUGGGCGAGGCUGCGGGCACGGGCCUGGUCCUCGUGCUGGGGCAGGCCGAGGGUGUGCUCACCAUGGCGCUGCUGACCUCCCUGACCGUGCGCCGCGUGGAGCCGUCCUUCUCCACCUGCCGGGACGGCCAGGACCCGCUAGACCGGAAGGUGUCCACGCUGCUGAUGGCCGGCCUGUGCGUCCUCUUCAGCUGCCUCGUGGUACUCUUCCUCCACACCCCACACCGGCGCCUGCAGGCCGAGGCCGACGCCAGCCCCUCCAUCCAGGAGGACGUGCACCCGGCAACCUCGGCAGCCACCCCCCGAGGCCCCGCCGCAGCCCCCCGUCCCCAGCAGCCCCUCCUGGGGCCGGUGCUCCUGGCUCUGCCUCCCUCCCCCUGGGAGUCCUCCGAGACGUCAUGGGGCCCCUGCAGAGGACCAGAGGCCGGGGAGCAGUUGGUGUGA